AUGGGACUCAUCGCGCGAUCCGGCGCCCUACGCCCGGCAGCAUCCCGCCGCUCGCUCGCCGUCCUGGCCAACAGCCGCUUCACCCAAAGAGCUGCCUUCAGCUCGCAACCGCCACGCCUUCUUCCCUCUGCCGACUCGCUCUUCUCCCGUUCUUCUGGCUCGGGCGAGCCUACGAGCUACUUCCAGCGUUCAUCAUUACCCGCCAACACCAUCGUCAAGUUUGUCCCUCAGCAAACAGCAUGGAUUGUCGAGCGCAUGGGAAAGUUCAGCCGCAUCUUGCAGCCUGGUCUCGCCGUCCUCGUCCCUUUGAUCGAUCGCAUCGCCUACGUCAAGAGUCUCAAAGAAGCCGCCAUCGAAAUUCCCUCCCAAAGCGCCAUCACCGCCGACAACGUUACUCUCGAGCUGGACGGUGUCCUCUAUACCCGCGUCUUCGAUCCUUACAAGGCCAGCUACGGCGUUGAAGAUGCAGAGUACGCCAUCUCACAACUCGCCCAAACCACAAUGCGCUCAGAGAUUGGUCAACUUUCUCUCGACCAUGUCCUGAAAGAGCGUGCUGCCUUGAACACAAACAUCACACAAGCCAUCAACGAGGCUGCCCAGGACUGGGGUGUCACUUGUCUGCGCUAUGAGAUUCGCGACAUUCACGCCCCUGCUGGUGUUGUUGAGGCAAUGCACCGCCAGGUCACCGCCGAGCGUAGUAAGCGUGCCGAGAUUCUGGAAUCAGAAGGUCAACGCCAGAGUGCCAUCAACAUUGCCGAAGGUCGCAAGCAGAGUGUCAUUCUCGCUUCCGAGGCCUUGCGCGCCGAGCAGAUCAACAUGGCCACUGGUGAAUCCGAAGCUAUUCUCCUCAAGGCCAAGGCCACCGCUGCUGGUAUCGAUGCCGUCGCAAACUCCAUCGCCUCUGGCAAGGAAAGCGCCCAAGGUGCCGUCAGUCUCAGCGUUGCCGAGAAGUACGUCGACGCCUUUGGCAAACUGGCCAAGGAAGGUACCAGCGUUGUUGUUCCCGGCAAUGUUGGAGAUAUUGGCAGCAUGAUUGCCACCGCUAUGGGCGUCUACGGCAAGGUCAACGAAAGCCAAGCCCGCGCAAUGGCACCCAAGCAGGUUUCUGCUCCUUCAGAAUCUUCUACACAACAGUCGUCCGACAAGCCUCAGAGUGUGACGGAAAGUGUGCUUGAGAGCUUUGAGGAUACCCGUGCCAAGCACUAA